GUAUAUACUUUCCCUACCUUCAGUAAAGAGGCGUUACGUGCUCCAUCUACUGCUACUAGCAUACUGAGUAAAACUCUUCCUGUACCUAUGGAAGUACCAGGGACCAAAUCUAUAACUCCGAUGUUCGCAGGUGACAGGUUGUUGACUAUUCGACGGGCUAAAAUGAACAAACAUAAACGACGAAAACGGCAACGGCGGGACCGAUUUCAGCUCCUAAAGUAUCAUCGACAACAAAAGGCCAAAUCUGAACAGCUUUUCCAUGAGCGGAUGAAGAAGAAACUACUUGAGUUGAAGACUUUUGACCCCGAAGAAUAUGUACGAGACGUCAUUGCAAGGGCUAGUCGGGAUUGGACGACCGAAAUGGUUCCUUCUGGAAGAAAGAAGUAUCCUCAUUGGUCUACACUGAUGUCGAUUGAGGAGCUUUAUGGCAUUCCUCCCGGAACUUAUAUAGAUAAGAACGCUGGAUUACCGGACGAGGAGGAUGAAGAGCGGAUUCGUAAACUGAAGAUAAAAUAUUAUAAAGAAUUUCGAGGUGAAAUUAUUGAUGGAGGUGGUGACGGUAAAAAGGAGAGCGAGAAGAAUUAA